UCUGAAAAUCUCCUGGCGACUACUUGAGGCAGGGACAACUAAAUACAAAAACUCAAACAUAUGGACUCACGUUGGGUAUAACCCAGGCAAGAAAGCUUUACGAAUAUGAGGAAUGAAAAUACAAAAAAGUUAAACUUAAAGCGAGGCAUCAACUAGGAAGCCUGAAUGAUAGUCAAUAAUAACCAAGAUUAAUUGGAAGAUCGUUACUAACCUAAAACUAACUCCAGGAACAAAACCAAAUUCAAAAUCUUCAAUUCACGAAAACACUAGAUACUAGGUAUUAAAUCAGAAGUCACUACUUACUAAAUUUGAGACUCUAGAUUAUUACUUGACCCGAUACAAAAAUUCAAAAGCUGCUACUCAAAUAAACAAAGCUAAACUCAGUUUUCUAGGACAGACUCACGGAUACAAAAUAAGAUGCUCGGACUGGGCUCAUGACUGUAAGCGGCAGGUGGAUCUAGACAAGUGGUUCUUGAGUCAGGAUGAUGAAUGGCGAGUUGCAGAGGCAGGUGAAUGUGGAAGGACGCCAGGAUGGAGGAGAACGACACAGGUAACUAUUUCCAGAACGCUGAACGGAACAGGAUACUAGAGGUGACGAGGAAACCAGGAAGAACUGAAGCAGGAGCAGGUGGAACCGGGACUGAAACGAAGGAGGACGAACAGAGUUACCAGGAGAACGAGAACACGGAACUUGGGACAGGAGUAACAUGCAGAACUCUGUACUGGCUGUGUCACAAUCCGGCUCUAAGAGGUGAGUGUCGUCUGGUUAUAUUGUGGCGAGAGUGGAGCUUGAUUGGCAAAUCUCCACCUGCUCCUGCACCAGCUGAUGAUGAUUGUCAAUGAGAGACACCUGCCACUGCAACUGCACUGCUGACAAACCUAAAAAGGAAAAAAAGGCGGAGAAAAGAGGGAGAGGGCACUAUCCAGGCCUGGCAGAUGCCACCCUGACACAGAACCCAACAGAACGUCUUGGUAACUUCCAUAACCCAACAGCCAGCACAGGCCAAGAGAACCAUUUCAAAAAUGGGAUCAGAGGAUGGUUUCAGCUACCUAAUUCCAGGCCACAGUGAGAAACACAGGCGGGCCCCGAACUGGACUGAUGGCGAAAUGAAAGCCCUCCUGUAUGUGUGGGAGGAACACCACAACGAACUGAAAAUGAGCAAGAGGAAUGCUAAGGUUUACGAGAAGAUGUCCCAGAGGUUUUUCCAGCUGACUGGAGAACAGCGUUUCAAAGAGGAGAUCAAGAUGAAAAUCACCAACAUGUCUUUUCAGUACAGGCGACUGAAAGCCACAGCUUGUCAAAGUGGGGAGAUGCCGGAUUGGCCAUACUAUAAGGCCAUCGAAAAGAUCCUCUCCAAGCCACUGGAGAACGGCAGGGUGAACUCUUUGGAGUAUCAGGCCUCUGCAGCAGGUCCCUCCACGUCUUCCCAGUCCACAGAUAACAUGCUGCCCCAAUCAGAGGAGGGAGUGAUAGGAUUCCUGCCAGAAUACACAGGAUCCUCAGAUGAGAUGGAGAUAAAACAAGAGCUGGACUCCUUGAGCUCUGACAGCGAGCACACACAAGACUCCAGCUCCCAUCAUAUUUCAGCCCGGAAGAGACAUGGCAACAAGCACAUGUCCAUAAAGAGAAAGAAACUCCGAGUUAUGCAGGCCAUGCUGCAGCAACAGAAGAGGUCGAGCCGGGCCAUAGAGGAGACGUGCAGGGAGGUCCGUCGAGUCAUGCAACAGCAGAACCUCCUCCAGGUCCAGUGUCUGCAGCUGCAGGAGCGCAUGAUGAACCUGCUGGAGAGGAUGAUUCAGUCUCCCUCCAGCACAUCUGGGUCAGCCCCUCUGACCCACUCACAAGGUCAGAGUGGGGUAAAAGAUCUGGGAACAUCAUGAAGCAUAGAAGCGGUUGCUGUUUGGGAGAUAUCAUGAUAUUGCAGCACCUAUAGCCUUGUUGAAAGAAAAAAAUAGAUUUUAUUUUGGAUAUGAGUUAAGCAUCAAACAUUUUUAAGGUUCAUUAUGCUAGAUGUAUGGCUGUUAUCAGUGCAGAGAUGGUAUGGACAGACAGAAAUGUAUGCUUUUGUCAUUACUUAAGGUGUCUGAUGAUCAUUAUUAUUAGAAGAUGACUAUGUUAAUAACUGUAAUGAAUUAUGUUGACACAGCAAAUCAGGCUCCAAUGUGAGUUUUCAUUUUAAGGAUAGCUGUAUCAGAUCUUUCUUGAUCAUUUGCCAAGUAUCCUAAUAAAAUAACUUUGGGAACACCAACCAUG